CCGACCGGAAGUGGUCCUGCGGUGGGAGAAAAGAGGAGCCUCGCCGAGCGGCCGUGGCAGGAAAGGAAAGGGAAAAGGACCGCGAUUAGCCAGGAUCUCAAAGCAAUUUGUAUUCGUUGCCAGGUGCCACCAGACCUUUAAUAUCAUCGACUGUCCUAGCAGAAGAAUGCAAUGAAUUGAAGAUCAAAUUGAAGAUUGAAAGGAACCAGAGCCAGAUUAAAAUUCAGGAAGCCGAUUUCCGUCCACAUCCCUAAAUAUGGUGAUCAACCUCUGCCUUCCACAGUUCAAGCCAAGAAUUCACUGCAACAAGAUUUCCGCCGACGGCUAUGAAGUGGAAAACCUCAUCUCCGAAGACCCCGUCAAGCGACACCGUGGCUUCCGCUGCGAAUACUUCAUCAAGCCGCCGGUGCAGGUGACCAUUUCCUUCCCCUUCAAUGUGGAAAUCUGCCGGAUUAACAUCGAUACUUCGUCCGGCUCGUGCCACAACAUCACCGGCUUGGAUAUUUAUACCGCUACCUCCUCCAAUAAGGCCUAUUGGAAUAGCCCAGAGCCCCUUUUCUCCGCUCCGUCCGGCCAGCCUCCGGCGUCGGACAAGGAGACCUUCACCCUGGUGGGCAAAGCCGUCUUAAAGAAUCAAAGCAAAGUGACCUUUGGCCAUCGUGGCUUCCGGCCCAGGCCUCCCUUCCAUCACCAAGCCGACCCUCUCCUCUCCUUUCCCGGCUCCGCCUCUUUGGACUUAUGGAAUAAAGGCCCGGCUUCCUUAAGUAGUGUCACCUGGCUGAAAAUCUGCAUUGCUUACGUGGCGGGCAGCGGGCUGCCUUCCAUCAAGAGAGUCGAGGUCUGGGGCCAACCGUCCAAGUCGUGCUCUCAUGACGUGGUGGACGAUGUCCUCCGGGUCGCCACCAAGUCCUCGUUGGAUGCCUCGGACAGUCAACUCCCCGCCCUUCCUCUGCCAAUGGAGAGUGACACGGGGCCCGACUCCCGGGAACAGAACCUGGUGGAGGUUCUCCAGGACAUCCCGGAAGAAUUCCUGGACCCCAUCACCCUGGAGAUCAUGACCCUGCCCAUGCUGCUGCCCUCCGGGAAAGUGAUCGACCGAGGAACCCUGGAGAAGUGCAACCGGAGCGAGGCGACCUGGGGGCGUGUGCCCAGCGAUCCUUUCACAGGGGUGGCGUUCAGCCCGCACACGCAACCCCUUCCCCACCCCUCGCUCAAGGCGAGGAUCGACCACUUCCUCCUCCAGCACGACAUCCCCGGCGUCAACCUGCUGGGCCGGAGCCGGGCUUCGGGGACGGUGGUGGCGUCGUCCCUCGCCAUGUCAUCGCUCAAACGGAAGAUCGAUCUGGUGGACCAGAACCAGGAGGGAGUCCCGGAGGGCAGCCACUGUGCGGCGGUGGACUUCGCCGUGGCGUCCAGUUUGGGGUUCCACGCGAAGAGGGUGAAAAUGGAAUGGGAUUUGAACUCGUCGCAGAUGGAUUGCUCCACAGAAGCGGUGACGCAUGAACAGAGGCUGUCCGAAAGUUUGGACAGCGCCUUGAACUCCGCACUUAGCACGAUGCCGUUCACCGCGAGUUUGGCUAAAGGCGGGCAGCACGGGCACAGCAGCAGCAGCAGCAGCAGCUCCAGCGAUGUCUGCGGGGCUGGCGGAGCUUACGAGCACGACAGGAACCCCGCCCCCCAGGGAUGCUCUUCUUGUUCCCGCGCCUUUUCUCCCUACUUCAAGACCGAGGCCGUCUACCAGCUCCCGUGCCGGCAUCUGGUGUGUCGCGCUUGUUUGGCUGACCAACCAAAAUCGCCCUCCGUCCUGUGCAUGAAUUGCAAGAGGCUGUUCGCCACCCACGACGUUUCGAGGGUCCACUUUUGAGAGGGAGAAUUGGGGGGGGGGGGAGAAGAAACGGGGGGGAGGACAACGCGCUCUUCGGAGGCGGGGAGAGGUGGCCCUGUGGCAGGCCUCAUAGCGGUAGCCAAGAGGCAGGACUGUUCCCUCUGCCCACCCACCCCCUUCCCUUCCGCCAUGGCCACCGCCGAGUCGCACAGUGACAACAAUCCUACACGUGCUGUACUAAAAGACAAAGGAACCCGGGGAGGUUGUGUACAGACUGUAUAGAAGGACAGUAGCAUUUUAAAGCUGGAGGAAUCAAAAGGAUAAUAAAGCCAUAUGCUUAUCUAAUUUUCUUUUU